AUGAAAAGAACCAAUAACUAGUCAAUAUAUCAAAUCAGUAGAAAGAGUAUAAUACAAAGUGAUAAUCAAUCACAAACCAACUCCUAGCAAAGGACGAAUAGAAACUAAUAGAUUAUGAUGCAGUCUAUUAGUGUAAUUCAAAAAAGCCGAGCAGAGAUUCAAAAUAGAAGCAAUUCACAUUCUCAGUCAAUUAGAGAUACGAUGAUAAUUUCCUAGAAACAGUAGAAUACAGCUGAUCAAUCAGCUACUAAUACCAAUAACAUUUCUUUGGUGAAGGUCUCAGAAUAGCAUAGUGAAAAUUGCUCUUUAAUAGAUGAACAUGAAUCAAGUAAUUAGGCGAAGCAGCUUGAAAAUGAAAUCUCCUCAAGUGAAAGUAAAAACUCAGAUAAGGAAAAUUCUAAUAUAAGAAAUAAUAAGGACAUCAAUCAGCCUCUUAAACACAUAACUCCUAAUCCAAGGAAAUCAAAGACUAAAGUAGGUCUUUCAGAAUAGUAGAUAAAAAAUAUUAGAUAAGCUCCUAUUUUCAAAGGACUAUCUUCAGUUCUAAAAACAUCAGAAUUUAAUAAGAGUCCAAGAAAAAAUAAAAAAUUAGUUUCAAAUAAAAAUGGUGAUGAAGAUGAUCUAAAUAUGAAAGAAGUUUCAACUAGGCUUUCACGAUAAUUCAAAUAAAUUCAAGAAAAAGCUCAAAAUAAACCUUUAGUUUUCACUCAUAUUGAUAAGCCAAAUGUAUAUCAUAUAGUGGGAAGUAAUUCUUAUGAUGAGAGCUUCAUUUAGCCGAUUAUGACUUAAAACGACUAGUGUUAUAGCGUGGAAAGGAAAUAAACAUAGUUUAAAGGGUAAAAUUAAUAAUAAACUUCGAAUUAAUCCCCUAAAAUGAGAUAAAACAACUAGUAUCAUGAGGGAAUGCAUUCGGCAAAUACUAAAUUCAAUGCUUACAGCUAAUUCCGAUAAUCUACUGAUCAAAUCUAAUUUUAGCACAGACAGCCAUAGAGACCCCAAAUAAUGUCAACUUCUACAAGAGUUAGAAAAAACCAAAAUAUACCACAUUCAAUUGAAUAUGAUCCUCAUGCCAGGCUAAAUACUGAUGGAAACACUUAUGACAAUACUAAUAAAUACUAACUUUAAUCAAAUCCUAGAUAGCUUUAAGUGUCAUUUGGUAGUUCAAUAGUAAGCUACAACCAAAGUUUGAUGCCUCAGCAUUCACCAAUGUAUAGUAACUCUAAUAAUAGAUCUGAAUUUUAAAGUAUUGUAUCAAAUCAAGGUAUCACAAACUAGCAAUCUAUUUAAGGUACUUCAAAUCUAAAAACUCAAUUAAGUUUGAUAAAUGAGGAAUCUUGUAAGAGACUUCAUACAGAUCCAGUGUCAUACAACCUAUAAUUAAACAAUUAAAGAUCUCAAGAGAGUCUAAACUCUAACAUAGAAUAACAAAAGAUUUUAAGAGAUUUCUACAAAAAUAAAGCAAACUCUUCUAAUCCUUCAAUAGUUUUAAAUCAAAUGUAAAUGCAGACUCUCAACACUGAUCCCAACAAUCAUAUCCUAACAAUAAAUGAUUUUAUUGACUUUAAUGAAAUAAACGAAGGCAUUGUCUAUGUUGAGGGUGGCAUUGGCCUUCAUUAGAAGAAAGCAACCCCUAAAAAUACAUCAAUUAAUCAAUAGCAAUAAUAGACAUCAUCAAGACAAGCUAGUUCUAACAGAGCUACUAGUUCUUUAGUAUAAAAAGCAAGAUAAUAUAAUAAUUAGUAUCUUAAUCAGGAGCCAAUUUACUAAAAUCAGGGUUAUAUAGACAUGAGCAAAAAUUCUCAAAAUAAGGUAUCUAAGUUUGAUAAGUAGCAUGCAGAAGCAAUAUCUGGGGUAUAUUAUAAUUAAAGAUAAAACCCUUAAAUAUAAACAACAUAGAUUUCAGGAAUAUCAACUGCCCCUGAUUGCUAGCCUCAUGUCUAUCAAUAAUAAAUUAGCAGUAACAUUUCAAAAUAAAAAUUAAAUAAAAACCAGAAUCUAAUAUACUGUGAGACUGAACCAGCCUACAAUAAUCAAAGAAGAGUUUAAUCUAAUGUUAGAAGAGAUAAUUAGUACUUAAUGCAUCAAAGGCCUCCUCUGAAUCCCAAUGAAAGAUAUAUCGAAGCCUUGAAAAAGAUGAUGAAGAGUGGGAAGAAUCACAUAGACCCAAAUUCUUCUGGUUCAGAUACUGAAAAUGAAGAAAAUGAGUUUAUAUUGGGAUAAAAAAUCUUUUUCACUGAGGGGGGUAGAACAAACAAGGUAAAAUAAUAUAAUAUUGAAUUCAUUCAUUUAUAGAAUUCCAAAUAAUUGCUCGCAGCUGCUUAAAUAAAAAAGAGAUCGAAAGAGGAAGAGGAGAUCUCUAAAUAAAAUAAAUGCAUCAUUUUCUGA